AUGGGUGAUAGAAGAAGGCAUAGCAUGGCAAUGCAAAUGGCACAAUAUCAAGCAAGGAUUGAGAUUAAAGAUGCAGAAUUGUUCAACGCCAAAGAUGAACUUGUAAACUCGUUUAUGAAAUUUGAACACCAUGGCGAAUCUAGCCAUCGCGGUUCUAUCACGGGGAGUUCAUAUGUGCAGCGUGAUAAAGAAGAAUGUCAUGACCGAAUGAUGAAAGAUUAUUUCAUCGAGCGUCCAAGAUUUCUUGCUCAUGAUUUUCAGAGGCGGUUUCGGAUGAGGAGAGAGCUUUUCGAAAGCAUCUUGAACGCAAUUGUCAAUCAUGGCCACUACUUUGCAAGGAAGAUAGAUGUCAUAGGCCGACAAGGUCUAUCGCCUCAUCAGAAGCUUACAUCUGCUUUUCGCAUGCCAGCUAAUGGGUGCUCUACAGACUCAACUGAUGAGUAUUGCCGACUUGCGGAGAGUUAUGUUAUUGAGAACCUAAAGUGCUUCUAUAAGGCAAUUGAAGCCAUAUAUGGAGCCAUAUACCUCCGCAAGCCAAAUCGUGAAGACUUGAAGAGGCUUCUACGCAAGUUUCCUGGAUCAAACAACGAUAUCAACAUUCUUUGGUCUUCUUCUCUAUUUGAUAAUGUUGUCAAUGGAUGGGCACCAGAAUUUCGGUACAAGGUAAAUGGUAAUAGGUAUGAGCUAGGUUACUACCUAACUAAUGGUAUUUAUCCUAGUUGGUCUACCUUUGUCAAAAGUUUUUCUCAUCCCGAUAGUGAAAAGAAGAAAUUAUUUUCGCAUAGGCAAGAGUCUUAUAGGAAGGAUGUGAAGAGAGCAUUCGGGAUCCUACAAGCUCGAUGGGCCAUUGUUAGAGGGCCUGCACGAUUAUGGCAGACCGAAGACCUCCAUUCAAUCAUGAUGACGUGCAUAAUUUUGCACAAUAUGAUUUUAGAAGAUGAGUACAUUGAAAUUGAAGAAGAUUCAAAUGAAGAUGUGGAUGAUGACCAACCAACACAUGCGAGAGCUAUUGCAAGAGAUGUUGAAUAUCUCGCUCCAACCACAUGA